AUUCACUUUGGGAGAAGAGAGAGAGGUCAGAUUGGAAUCCAUGGUCUGAGGCCAAUUAGCCUUACAACUGCUCUGCAAUGGAAGCCAAUGAGGAGCUUUAUGCUUUAUACAAGGUGGUUCUUUGGAGCAAUCAAAAGAGCAGAUGCAGAAAACCAACUAUUAUAUUCAGAAAAUCAGACGGGUGCCUUUCUGAUCAGAGAAAGUGAAAGCCAGAAAGGAGAGUUCUCCCUCUCAGUUUUAGAUGAAGGAGUUGUGAAACACUAUAGAAUUAGAAGACUGGAUGAAGGGGGCUUUUUUCUUACCCGGAGAAAAAUCUUUUCUACUUUGAAUGAAUUUGUGAGCUAUUACACCACGGCAAGCGAUGGCCUAUGUGUCAGGCUAGAAAAACCGUGCUUAAAGAUACAGGUCCCAACUCCUUUCGAUCUGUCCUAUAAAACUGUGGACCAGUGGGAGAUAGAGCGGAGUUCCGUGCAGCUUCUGAAGCGAUUGGGGUCCGGUCAGUUUGGCGAAGUCUGGGAAGGCCUGUGGAACAACACCACUCCAGUAGCUGUGAAAACAUUAAAACCAGGUUCAAUGGAUCCGAAUGACUUCCUGAGGGAGGCUCAGAUAAUGAAGAGCCUACGACAUCCAAAGCUUAUCCAGCUUUAUGCUGUUUGCACUUUAGAAGAUCCAAUUUAUAUUAUUACAGAAUUGAUGAGACAUGGAAGUCUUCAAGAAUAUCUCCAAAUUGAUGCUGGGUCAAAAAUCUACCUGACUCAACAAGUGGACAUGGCAGCACAGGUGGCUUCUGGAAUGGCCUACCUGGAGUCCCAGAACUAUAUCCACAGGGACCUGGCUGCCAGAAAUGUUCUUGUUGGUGAACACAAUAUCUACAAAGUAGCAGACUUUGGACUUGCAAGAGUCUUUAAGGUAGAUAAUGAAGACAUCUAUGAAUCGAAACAUGAAAUAAAGCUGCCAGUGAAGUGGACUGCACCUGAAGCCAUUCGUACUAAUAAAUUUAGCAUUAAGUCCGAUGUGUGGUCAUUUGGAAUUCUUCUUUACGAAAUCAUUACUUAUGGCAAAAUGCCUUAUACUGGCAGAACAGGUGCUGAAGUAAUCCAGAUGUUGAGUCAAAACUAUAGACUCCCACAACCACCUAACUGUCCUGAGCAGUUCUACAGCAUCAUGUUGGAGUGCUGGAAUGCGGAGCCUACGGAACGGCCCACAUUUGAGAAACUACAUUUGAAACUUGAGGACUAUUUUGAGACAGACUCAUCAUAUUCAGAAACAAAUAACUUCAUAAGAUGAAUACUGAAGAAACUAAAAAUGGAAUAAUCAGUCCAGAAAUACAAUCAAUACCAACUGCAAAAGUCAGUUCAUCUUGACAUAUUCAAGGGAUAGGGUAAAUUUGGUCAUGGAUUAUUAAAAUAAUGCUAUAUGUGAAUUUCAUUGAUGGGGAAAUACUGCAGUACAGUUCAAGAUGAUGUAUAAUUUUUCUCACUGCAUGGUAAAAUCACACACACUAAAUGAAGUUAUUUUUCUUUUUAAGAGAUACUUACAUUUCUAUUUAUUGUUUUGAAAGCUGAUCAAAAGAAUGAACAGAUGAUAGUUUUUACUCAGUGACGGGUAUAGCAUUUUCCUGUUUACUGAUUAGGUUGGUUAUUCAUUAUUCCUUGGAUUGCUGAAUCCCAUCAGGCUGUUAUUAUGAAGAAACUGAUUGCUUUGCUGCACAGCAGGACCUGUGCUUUGAGAAGUUUUUUUUGUUUUUUAAAAUAUCCUGUAACUACAAUGAUGGCAAAGCCAUGGUAAAUGACUUGAUUGUACUUGAAGUAAUUGCACAUAUUUUUCUGAUGUAUAAAAAACAUGAAGCAGCUGUUGAGAAAAAGAAUUAAAAUCUUUUUCAUUUUGUAGGAGGAAAUGAUGGAAUUUUUCUAUACCUCAGUAUGUGUCAUCUGAGAAUCAUCUACAUUAGUUUUAAUCUGUUAAUUUUAAGAAUCAGGUUGCAAAGCUGAUGAAUUACGUACAGAAAUAUGCAAGAAAUACCUAAUAUACUACAAAGUCUGAGAAAUAAGUUCCUAAAGUAGUUUAGGAAAAUAAGAACAGAAUGAUAGGAUUGUUAUGGCCUUCUGUGUAAUUAAAAAAAUAUACCUUUGGCAUAUAUGCCAGUUUUAAAUUAACUAGAAAGCUGAUCUAGCUCUGUUUCAGAUCUAGAGGCUAGGAGUAAUGACUAACUUGGGUAUAAAAUUGUAUUUUUUUGGACUAGUAGGACAAGAAGGUCUUCAUUAUCUUAAAUUUACAUUACCCUUGGUAAUAAUGUUACUGCCAUCUUAAACAAUGGAUAUCUCAAAUUCUCUGCUUUGUUAGAUGGCUAGCAAUACUUCUCCAGGGUGGGUUCAAAGUCAAAAAUAUAUGAAAGAUCUUUUGAUGCAUUAGAAAUAUGACUGAAACAAGUCAUGAGAAAACAUGUUAUUUUGAGUAUAUUCUCUCAUCUUUCUUUAAAAGAGAAGAGCACAUGUGAACAGCACCCUCAUUUAUAAUGGGAAAGACAACACAUCUGUAAACUCUUUCCUGUCUUUUUUUUUCUAAGAUGGGUCUAGUUAUGUUGCCCAAAUUGGUCUCAAAUUUGUGAUCCUCCUGCCUCUGCCUCCCAAGUAACUGGGAUUACAGUUUACAAACUCUAUUAACUGUAAGACAGAAGGUAGGAAGGGCUUGAGACACAAUACCAUUUUUAGCUCAGUGAUGUCAGCCAAGACUCAAGUCGUCCCUAACCAUUGCCUGUGGCAUUAGCAUUGUUCUCAUUUUCAUGGUCACACAGGCUGCCAGUGGCAACUGGGACCCCUUGUUCUCUUUUGCUCAUCCAGCAGGAGAAAUGGGAAACCUCUAUUGCAAGCUUGCAUGAAAGUCACACUCAUUUCUUUUGUUCAGGUAACCUUUGAGUUACAUGCCCAGCUCUGGAUCAGUAAUACCAUAAUGUGAAUGCUUGGUGCUAAUUGGCUUAGGAGGUCUGCCACUGAAACUGGGAAUGUUACUGCACUGGUCAGAUUUCCUACUGCUAGAAACAAUACCUGACACCCACAACUUAAAGAAGGAGCGGUUUUACUUGGCUCUUGGUUUCAGAAGAUUCAGUCUAUUGGUUGCCUGUGGCCAAGGUAGAAACAUCACAGUGGAAGAAUAUGACAGAGAAAAGCUGAUUAGAUCAUGGUGGUCUGGAAUCACAGCAGGAAAACAGCAUGAGAGAGGAAAGGGCUGGGGACCAGAUAUAGACUGCAGGUCACACCUCUGUGACUCACCCAGACUCUUGCAGAAAUGUGCCUUCCUAAUGCCCUAGAUAGUCCCAAGCAAGUAAAGUUGACAACUAAAUUUAGCUAUUAUAUUCUGCUGUUUGUCACCUUGGCUCCCAAAUACAUCUUAAUUUCCCAGAAUACAUCAUAAUUUCCUAAUACAGAUAAUAGCAAGAUCAUAAUUCUUCCUAAUGUGAUGUAACUAUCCUGUGUAUACCUGAAAACAUACUAAUUCCUCCCCCAAAGUCUCAAAAGUGUCACCAUUGCUCAAUAAUGCAACUCCAAGGUUUCUUCUGAGACUCAAGGAAAACCCUUAGCUGUGAAUACUGGUAACAAUGACAGAGCAAGUUACUUAACUCCCAUGUACACUCUUCCAGGGAGAAUAUUCCCAUCCCCAAAGGGAGAAAUUGGGAGGUAGAAAAGAACAGGAUAAAAGCAAGGGCAGUGUUAGGUUCUGUAGCCUCAUGUCCAGCAUCUGGGGCAUCAGAGGUAAGAGAUGAGUUCCAGAGUCCUUGGAUUGGCCUUGUUGGUUGGAGCUCAUAUAACCUCUCUCUUGGGCUGCAGUGGUCAUCACCUAUGGCUUUCCUCUGAAGACAUUUUAUGUUCUUGGAAUUUUCAACUUCCUCGGGUUCCCAUUGUACCCUUGGCUUCAUUCCCACAUCUUUAAGUACCUUCCUCUUGGGCAGGUUACCUGGCCUCAUAGGCCUUCCCUUGGAAUCUGGGUGAAAGCCUUCAUGAUCCCACAACACUUGCAUUCCAUGUGCCAGUAAAAGUAGCAUCACAUGAACAAAGCAAAAGUUUACCACCAGUGCAAGCAGUAGCCAGGCCCGCUUGGACUAUGGUUGUUGCAGCCUUUGUGUGUCUGAAUGGCUGAGUACAGUGAUGUGAAUCCUAGGAAACCAUUCCCCUAGGAGGCUUUUCUUGAGAUGAAGUCCCAGAGACUCUUCUCAAAUGAAAGAGUUAUACUUUUGCACUUUUGAUCCUAUGAUGGAUGCAUCGCUCUCCUCAUCUCGGUUCAAAGUACUUUAUUUCUUUUUAAUGUCAUUAAUAUCUUCAACAAACACACUUCCUUCAGCCCCAAAUUUACAUGUGGUUCCCUUUGGGCCAAAAUCUAACUUUUUCAAUUAUUUCUGUUCUGCUUUUUGCUCCUAGUUCUCAAUAUAAAUCUGGCUAAAAGCAACCAGUAGUACCCAUGCCACAGUCUGAAUGUUGGACUGCUUUCCUCUUAUAUGAAUCAUUCCAUAGCCCAUACAUACCCUCCUGCAAAGUCUCAGGUCAUGAGGAAAAUGAAGAUAAGUGUUUUUGCCAAAAUGUAGCAUGCAUGGCUUCCAGUCAAAUUUCCAAUAGAGUCCUGGUCUUUACUGUCUGGAUUUUUAUUAGCAUUUUGGUAAUCUAUGCUCUAACCAAAACAAUCCAUCAGGCUCUGCUCAUAGUAUGCUAGGGCUUCUCUAUCCUACAUCUCCAAACCUUUCCAAAUGCUCCUGCAAACCAGUUCCAAAGGUUUCUGAACUACACAGUGUCAUAUAUCACAGUAACAACACCACUUUUGCUACCAAUUCUCUCUAUUGGUCACAUUUCCCAUUGCUGAAAAAAAUAUUUGACCACUUAAAGGUGGGGAAGUUUAUUUGACCCACAGUUUCAGAGGAUUCAGUCCAUUUGUUGGCUGGCUCCAAGGCAGGAGCAUCAUGCAAGCAGGGCAUGGUGAAACAAAGCUUAUUAAUUCAUGGCAGUCAGGAAGCAGAAAAAGAGGAACAGCCCCAGAGAGGGAGGGGCCAGGACCAGAUAUAGACCCCAAGGUCCUGGCUCCAUGAUCCACGCAGACACACCCAAGCAUAUACAUUACUAAUCUCCUGCACAGCUCCAAGCCAAUCAAAGUGACAAUUAAGAUUAAUAAUUACACUUACCUUCCCCAGAGACAAGUUGAUAGAUGGGUUUAUCUGCAUGCAAUUAGCCAUUAGAUUCUGACAGGUAUGCAUUAAGAAAAUCACCCGAGAUGAAUUAGUUAUUAGAAUUAAUGUUAAAUACAUGACUCUACCUUCAUCUCUUCUUUCUUCUCCUCCCACUUUCUUCCUGUGUAUCUUAGGCAGGUAGGUGUGUACAUAAACAUUCCAAGUUUUCUGAAGACCUUAGUCUAAAAUGGGUUACGUAGAACUAAAAAUUAUGGAACCACUUACAGAAGUGAACAUAUUUGUGAGAUAAAGUUAACAUUAAUAUGUUUAAUAAGUUGACUGGGUAUAGGAUAUCUUCAGUUAUGUAUGUAAAGUCAUUGUGUAUAAUGCAAUCAAGGCAUAGAUUAUAAAUAAGCAGUUGGUAAAAAAAAUUCCUUUUCCUGAGUUCAUUUCUUUAGGUUCAGUUCUACUUGGAUAUAUAUAGAAAUAAAUGAAACUAUUUCCAUUUCAUUGUAAAAAUUAAACUACUAUAUAUUUGUCUUUUUGGAGUAGCUAAUAAUAAUAAAUGUUUUAGGAAUGUCCAGAUUUGAAAUAUAAAAAGAAGGUUAUCCUUUCCUGUUUGAAUACUACCUGAAAUUCAUUUAACUUGCUGUGUUUGAUUCUUGGGAACAUUUUUGUUCAAGGUUCUGUCAAAGCAAUCUAUUGUUCUUGUUUUUACUCUGAUGGAUCAUGGAAAAAAUAAUGGAUUCUGUUAUGAGAAGCAGUAAUAGAUUUUUUUAACUGACAUAAAUUUCUCUCUCUGUAUAGAAUAAAAGGAUCAGGAAAAGAUAAGUUGAAUUUUCCUACAAGGAGCCAGUUCUUGUUAAAUUUACCUCUCAUAAAUUGUAGCAAAGCACUUUUUAUGUAAUGUUUUAUUUAUGUAAUUCAGUUAUUUGGAAGUGGUAGUGAGGAAUGUGAGUACAUCAUUUUAUGUGGCAUUUCAAAUCUCUUUGGACAAAAACCUGAAGAAUUCUUGUAAUAGGAAAAAUUCAAAAUUCCAUUAAGCCUCCUUAAAGAAGGUAAGGAAGGAAAUGGGUUUGAAUUAUCUAAGAUCAAGAGAGGCAAGUCAACUCCUAUUAGUUGUGGGAAGCUGAAUGUUUUGUCAUCAGAAAAUAAAGGCAAAGUCAAAGUAAGCAGCAGUGUGCAAGCUGUGCUGUGGGAAUUGGUAGCCUUAGAGGACAACAAGGAACAAGCCUGGGGGGAAAUACCAAGCUGGGCCCCUCACAACCUCUCCUCACAGCAUGCACUGGCAUGGUGACCACAUGCAUCCAAUGAGCCGUGAACGAUCCAAACUCUUUUGACUCUCUGGUGGCCUAAAGGAAACCACUGCCUUGGAAGAAUGUGGUACUGUCCCCCAGCUGGAAAAUCCUGGAGGGAGCAGGACUCAGCUGCUGCUCCAUGGUGAGUCAAACAUAUGCCAUAUGGGCAAUCAUGUAAUGGUGCAGUUGGGCAUCUGAUGUCUGGGCCAGACACUCUUGCUGCUUGUAGUGUCUGAGGAGACAUUUAGGAGCCUUUGCCAAGCCAUGUUGUGUGCCUUAGAAUGGUGAUGACUCAAAUACCUUAUGGAAACUGCAUCCUCAUGUUCUAUUAGGAAAGGCUGCUCUUAAAGAAUGUAAAGGAGGUUUGUAUACCUGGGUACUGGGAAUUGUCAGUGGGCUCAUCUAGAAAUGUUGAGUUCUUGUAUUUCCUGACAUCAUUAAGAAGUUUUGCAGUGUAACCAACAUGAUGUAAAAACACGGAGCUGUAGGGUAAAACACAAAUAAAAUCAUAAACAAGCUGAAA